AUGCCAAAACAAGAAAGAUCUGAAGCAGUAUUUGCAGAACAUCUCUAUUUGGUCAGAAAUGCGGGCGUCAAAGUUGCUGCUGUUCAAACAGAGACGGGAGUUCGUAGCGACUGUUGCCUCGAAGACUCCAGAAACUUUAAAGUUAGCCAAAACAAAAUCUUUGAUGGAAUGCAUGACAUUUUAUUAGGAAUAGGUCCAAUGACCUUAAAACUGAUCAUUCAUCAUUUUGUGUUUGAAGAACGGUUGUUUAGUGUACACUACCUGAAUGGUCGAAUUUUUGCGUAUUCGUAUGGAAGAUUGGAAAGAAAAAAUAAACCUCCCAAUUUAAACCACAACAAUAUUAGAAAUGUCAAAGAUCACUCGCUCAGCCAGAAGGCUAUGCAAAUGUGGUGUUUCUUGAGAGUCUUCCCAUUUCUCGUUUCUGAGAAACUUCCGAAGGGUCACUCUCAUAUGCAGUUACUCCUUUUGCUUCUACAGAUCAUGGAAAUUGUUUUUGCACCCAAAGUCACGAAGAGCUUAUUGCCAUUACUCGCAGAAUUAAUUAAGGAUUUUUUACAACUUUUUAAAACACUUUUUCCUAACGCUAAUUAUAUCAACAAGUUUCAUCACCUCACUCACUAUACAGAAUGUGUCUUGUGGUCGGGAUCGCUCAGACUUUUAUGGUGUAUGGGAUACGAGAAAAAGCACAGUCAUAUUAAAAGACGAGGUCAAGUCGUGAACAAUUUCAAAAAUUGUCCUAAGACUCUCGUAAGAGUUUUCCAAUGUCAGCAAAGUGCAAUGUGGGGAUUUGGGGAUGUGAAAUUACAUUCUGUUGUUCCUCAAGGAGGAAGGAUAGUAAGAGUCGAAGGUACAUUAAGUCACCAGCACUUGAAAGAUCUUAAUUACUUAGAUGGUGAUCUGGUAUUUAAAACAAAAUCUGCACGAGUAAAUGUUGUUCUUCAUGCUAAUGGGUUGUACGUUUGCCUUGAUGCGAGGAAAGAAGAAGAUGUUAACCUGCCGAUAUUCGGAAAAAUUCACGAAAUAAUUAUAGGUAAAAAAUCGGAAGUGUUUCUCAGGACUUUUAUUUGCGAAACGACACGCUUUGACCCUAACUUGAAUGCGCAUUGCAUUGAAUUAAAUUCGGAAGAAAACGUGGAUUUUCGUUCAACUACAAGGCUUGCGGAUUAUACAACUAUGUCCACAUGGACUGAGCCGAACUCCGAGGAGUUACUUAUUAGUUUGCUCCAUGUCCUCAUUUAA